AUGGGGGAAUUGCAGACAGCAACAGCCCCUACCAGGAAUCACGCAUGCCAAGUUUGCUGUGUAGCCUCUUUGUCCCUUGCUACCUUUGGCUGCAACAACGCCGCUCUCGGGUGUGCCCUGGUCCGGGUUGCGCUGCAGGGGCAGACGAUCACGGCUGCGCCGGUGCUCCAAGCGUUGAUGGCCUUUGCUUCGCUUCAUCGCUACGGCCUGCAGUCCCAAGCUCUGGAGCUGAAAGUCGCUGCGCUGGGAAGUCUGGCUCAAGAACCAAGGGCGCCGAGUCUGGGCGUGGAGGCGACCCUGCAGCAUGCCGCCACGGGCAUGCUGCUUUGUUCGUUCGAGAUGCACCAGUCGUCUUCUACUUCGGGCCACUGGCCCUUCUACCUCGGAGGUGUCAAGGCGGUCUUUGGCGCGUGCUCUACCAAGACGCUGCAUCAACUUGGCUCCGAUGUGGCCGUCCUGCUGGACUGGGUACACUACCACGACGUUCUCGCUCGUUUUUCCCUACUGCACUGGACGAAAGGUGGUUCCUCGGACCUGCCGCCGGCUCCAACCGACUUCUUCUGUCCACAGGUAUCUAAGCUGCCGCCGCCCAUAUUCUGUAUGCUGAAUCUGCUGUCCCAAGUAUGCGAUGCGGUAUCUAGCAGCGCAAUCCCGCUAAACACCAGCGGCGGCGUGGGUGACUACAAGAGCUUCCUGGAAGUCCUGGACUGGAGGAUUAGAAGCCUAUCAAUACCGCAAGUCCCGGAUGAUGACAGUCGUGCCUCGGAUGACACCACGUUGGUCAUGCAACUAUACCAACUCGCGAUACUGUUGUUUCUCGACCGAUGUUUCGAGGACCUGAUCGACCAACCAGUCAGGACGCAACAGAAUAUCGACAAGGCAUUCGCUAUCCUCCCCCAGCUCAGUUUCUGCAAGCAGCAAUUUCCGAUUCACGUCAUUGGCUGCGAGGCACGAACGGAUGAGCAGCGGGCCGCCGUCCUCGACGUCAUCUCCAGGACAGAGAAGAUGAGCUCGUCGCGGUCUUUGAACUAUUGCAAGAGAAUAUUGCAGGCUGUCUGGGCGCAAGACGACCUCGUCAAUGGAUGCAACAUUGGCUACCGCGAAAAGCUGUCUUCGGUAAUAAGUCAUUGUUCGAUGAUUCCCAGCUUUGUAUAA